AGUAUUAAAAUAUAAAGUAAGGGGUUAAAACCUUCAAAUUUAGUAAGGUGGUAAAUAUGACUGUCGAUGAAAAGGUAUCGUGUGACAAGAAGACAAAGAAGCAUCACUUGCAGAAUAGGUUUCAUUCUAGACAACUCAGUUAUUUAGAUCAGAGUCAGAAAUCGCUUCUCAAUAGUCGUCCGACGCGUCAGGGGAAGUAUCGGAUACAAACUUGUAAUAAACAACUCUUGUUAGGACAGAAUUCUAUUCCAGUUGAGGAAUUUUUGUCUGAAGAAAGUAACUUUGCAAAUUUGAUGUGUUUAGUAUUCAGUUCUCGUCUUAAUUGCAAUGAAAACUUCAUGAUUCUGCAGUUUUAAGCCAUGGAAUUUUCUUUUAGAAAUUAGAAUGAAUGGUUUUUUUUUUUUUGGUACAAGUUAGUUGGGUGGCGUUGCAGAGUUUUGAACACCUGAUCUUUACCCCAAAUUAAGGUUUUUUUUAGUUAGUGGUUACCAACUCGGCUAAUCUCUUGUUGGGUGAGGUUGUAAUUCUGUGAGAUGAUUAGGAGAGGGUAAUAUAAAUGCUUGUUGAAGUUAGAAUGCUGCGAGUUUCAUUUCUGUUUUUAUGAAGGACAAUUAAUUUGGAAGAAUUGAUAUUGUAUCACUCUUGUUCUAGUCACCUCCUGAAUUUAAUUAAUCCUACUUGUGGUAGGUGGAAGCAUUUUUUUUGGGUUGUUUUUUACUUGUAAAGGAUGUUAGAUUCUACAGGUACUGGUAAGAAACAGGAUCGCUGAAAACUUGUAUGUAGUUGCUUUUUUCAUCAAUUGUUUUACAUUUCUUGUUUGUUCUUUUUUACUUGUUAAGAUUUUACCUGUUUUGUACACGUUUCCAUCCAUGAAACAAAUUCUUUUGUAUGUUUCCUUCUCCUUUGGCUUUGCUGCAUUCAUUCAGCAACAAUAUUUUAACUGUUUAUCAGUUCCUAGCUGUUAGUAGUUUUUUUGCUUUAUCUAUUCAUGUUAUUGUUUCACUGUAUUUGUCUUUUAUAGUCUUAUGGUUUCAAAGUUACUCUGUCAUUGUUUUCAUGUGAGGGUUCGUGUUUUUAUUUAUAUGAUUUUAUUUAAUUUCUUCUAUCAUAGCUAUGAUGAGGCUUAAAUGAGAGUUCACUUAUUAUUAUUAUUAUUCAAUAAUUUAUACUCAUCAGCUAAGCGUGGAAACUUAUUCUUUUAUGGUGCUGCCAUUUGUAGCUUUGAGCACAGUUAUGUGAUGCAACUUUCUCA